AUGGCUGAGUAUCAACUUUCAGUUCGAUUUGGUUAUUCCUCUAAGGAAUCAACUGCUCUCUACGAAGCGGAACACUGUCCAUAUUGGGCACAGAGCCCGGUCAAGUACGCCCAAAACCUCUUAGAGUACUCAGACGAGCCGAUCGAGUACGAUCACCACGACAGUGACUACUCAGACAACUGCUUCUUCUUCCCUGAAGACUGUUCUUGGUCACCACCUCGUGACUGGAUCCUAGAAAACGAAGAGUCCUACGACGAUAUCUCAAAUAGCGAGGACCACGACACCAUGAUUCCCGGUCUUCCCGAUAUCAAAAUGCUCGACGCGGAGGCCCUCAGCGACUUGCUAGAGGAUAACCUCUCGCCCCCGGAGAUCACCACGAUUCUAGUAUUUGGCACUAAUGGUGCCAUAUUUGCGUACGCCUCAUCUCUUCCAUCCCGGCAGCUGCGGAAUCUGAGCGCAACAUACGGAGCCGCUUACACAGCCUACGCAAAGAACGCCUCAUGUGGUAACCUAACAGGUGUAAAUCCUGCAAGUCACCCAUCAUCAUAUGUGACAGCCCAGUCCGUCUCUCUCGGCGACGUAGGGUCCAUCGUCUUCGAACUCGACGAGCUUGUCGCCGUAGUCACCAGAAUAGCGGAUAAGGUACUCCUUGCCGCCGUUGGACCGUCCAAACUGGAGCCCGAGGGAGAGACGGGCCCUUCAAAUGGUGCGCAGAAUGGCUCCAUAAACCCCAGUGCGGACGAGUUCCCCCUGCAUGAGCCUAGAACAGGCGCCAACGGUACUUCUACUCACCAAACUCCCACCAACGGAACCCCCAACAGCACCAGCCGAACUCACAGCGAGGUCAAUAUGCAAUCAGAUGCGCAACUUGAAGCGCAGUAUGAAAUCGACCGAAGCAACGACCUCGCGCGAUUGGCAAGCCUAAAUCUGUCAUCCUCGCCGUCCAUUCUGCUCGCUCUAGAGUCCAAAUCUGCAGCGUUAGGUAAAUUCCUUAGUCAGAAAUUGGAGGAUCUUGAGAGUCCUGAGGACUUCUAG